CAACCCGGCCAUGUCUCCGGGGGCGGCAGCGUCGGGUUGAGCGGCCGUGCGCGCAGCGGGGAGCGCUCUCCGCCACCAUGAGGCGGCUGCCCCUGCCCUGCCUCCUCCUCCUCCUGCUGCUGCUGCCGGCCGAGGUCAGAUGUACAAUUGCUUGCAAUGAGGGUUGCAGCUCAAAAACUGUAACCGCAGAACCAGCAACCAGUAAUAAUGAUGAUUUAUCAGUAAACUCUGCAAGUGGGAACAGAACCUCUGCAGGUGGAAGAGUGAUCAGGGCUGCAUCUGAUGAGACAGGAGGAUCCAAUCCGAUUUAUGAUCUCAAGGCAGAAUCCAUUGGUAUGACUUUUGUCAUCUUAAAAUGGGUGGUGAAUGACAGCGCUUCUGCCAACUACGCAUACAGGAUAGAGGUUGUAAAUGGUACAAAUGAUACACCUGUGAAGAACCAGAUAUUCCAUGAAACCAAAGCAGAAAUUACUGAGUUAAUACCUGGGACACUGUACAUUUUCACAGUAUUUGCUGUAGCAGCUGAUAAUAAGACAGAAGGAGAGGGAAGUUCCAUAGACCUGUAUACAAGGCCCAGCCGUGUUCUUGAUCUCAAGGCAGAAUCCGUUGGUGUGACUUCUGUCACCUUGAAGUGGGUUGUGAAUGACAGCACUUCUGCCAACUACACGUACAGGAUAGAGGUUGUAAAUGGUACAAAUGAUACGCCUGUGAAGAACCUAAAAUCCAUUGAAACCAAAGCAGAAAUUACGGGCUUAAUCCCUGGGACACUGUACAACUUCACAGUAUUUGCUGUAGCAGCUGAUAAUGAGACAGAAGGAGAAGGAGUGGCCAUAGAUCUGCAUACAAGGCCCAGCUGGGUUCAUGAUCUCAAGGCAGAAUCCAUUGGUAUGACUUUUGUCAUCUUAAAAUGGGUGGUGAAUGACAGCGCUUCUGCCAACUACGCAUACAGGAUAGAGGUUGUAAAUGGUACAAAUGAUACACCUGUGAAGAACCAGACAUUCCAUGAAACCAAAGCAGAAAUUACUGAGUUAAUACCUGGUACACUGUACAUUUUCACAGUAUUUGCUGUAGCAGCUGAUAAUAAGACAGAAGGAGAGGGAAGUUCCAUAGACCUGUAUACAAGGCCCAGCCGUGUUCUUGAUCUCAAGGCAGAAUCCACUGGUGUGACUUCUGUCACCUUGAAGUGGGUGGUGAAUGACAGCACUUCUGCCAACUACACGUACAAGAUACGGUUUGUCAACGAUACAUCUAUGACGGACCUGACAUUCAGUGACACCAAAGCAGAAAUUACGGGCUUAAUCCCUGGGACACUGUACAACUUCACAGUAUUUGCUGUAGCAGCUGAUAAUGAGACAGAAGGAGAAGGAGUGUCUAUAGACCUGUAUACAAAGCCCAGCCCAGUUCUUGAUCUCGAGGCAGAAUCCAUUGGUGUGACUUCUGUCACCUUGAAAUGGGUGGUGAAUGACAAUGCUUCUGACACCUACACGUACAGGAUACGGUUUGCCAAUGAUACAUCUAUGAAGGACCUGACAUUCAGUGACACCAAAGCAGAAAUUACGGGCUUAAUCCCUGGGACACUGUAUAACUUCACAGUAUUUGCUGUAGCAGCUGAUAAUGAGACAGAAGGAGAAGGAGUGUCUAUAGACCUGUAUACAAGGCCCAGCCGUGUUCUUGAUCUCAAGGCAGAAUCCACUGGUGUGACUUCUGUCACCUUGAAGUGGGUGGUGAAUGACAGCACUUCUGCCAACUACACGUACAGGAUACGGUUUGUCAACGAUACAUCUAUGAAGGACCUGACAUUCAGUGACACCAAAGCAGAAAUUACGGGCUUAAUCCCUGGGACACUGUACAACUUCACAGUAUUUGCUGUAGCAGCUGAUAAUGAGACAGGAGGAGAAGGAGUGUCCAUAGACCUGUAUACAAAGCCCAGCCCAGUUCUUGAUCUCGAGGCAGAAUCCAUUGGUGUGACUUCUGUCACCUUGAAAUGGGUGGUGAAUGACAAUGCUUCUGACACCUACGUGUACAGGAUACGGUUUGUCAAUGAUACAUCUAUGAAGGACCUGACAUUCAGUGACACCAAAGCAGAAAUUAUGGGCUUAAUCCCUGGGACACUGUAUAACUUCACAGUAUUUGCUGUAGCAGCUGAUAAUGAGACAGAAGGAGAAGGAGUGUCUAUAGACCUGUAUACAAGGCCCAGCCGUGUUCUUGAUCUCAAGGCAGAAUCUAUUGGUGUGACUUCUGUCACCUUGAAAUGGGUGGUGAAUGACAGCAUUUCUGCCAACUACACGUACAGGAUACGGUUUGUCAACGAUACAUCUAUGAAGGACCUGACAUUCAGUGACACCAAAGCAGAAAUUACGGGCUUAAUCCCUGGGACACUGUACAACUUCACAGUAUUUGCUGUAGCAGCUGAUAAUGAGACAGAAGGAGAAGGAGUGUCUAUAGACCUGUAUACAAUACCUGUCUCAGUGCAUUCACUUCAGUGUGAACCAGUGGCCAAGCAGCCUUUCCUAAAGCUGACGUGGAAAUGUCCUUUUGGUAACAACUCUGGCUUCAAAAUUAAAAUAUCUAAUACUUCAGAGGAAGGAUUUGCUCCACGCUGCACGGUAGCAGGCUUUGAGCAAACCUUUCAAACAGCACGUUUAAAUUUUUUCAGCACCUAUAAUGUUACUAUCAUAACUCUUUCAAAUGGCCAUGGAAGCUCUCCAGUGGACAAAUUGUGUCAGACCAGCAUUACUGACCCACCUCCUCCAACUGAAGUUCCUUCAGUCAAGGCCGUCAGUCACAGCUCGUUGUCUGUCGAAUUCUCUGAUUUCGAUUCACUGAAUGGUCCAUUAGAAGCCUACGCAAUAAUGAUUACAACAGAAGAUCAAAGUUCUGAGUCUUUGAAGUCCAAAUUGAACAACACAUACAAAGAUUUCAAGCAGAAGAAGACAACAACCUAUGUUACAUAUGUCAUAAAAACAGAGCAGGCAGAAUCACUUUCUUCCCAUUCUCAGAAUGGUAAAAAUAUCAUUAAUGUAGGCAAGGGAGACACAAUGUAUGGCUAUGAAAAUGGACCAUUGAUCCCUCUUCAUUCAUACAGGGCAUGUGUUGCAGGUUUCACUAAUAUAACCUUUAUGGCCGACAUGAUUGAGGGGGAAGACAGUUAUGUAUCAUUUUCACCCUGUUCUGAACCAGUUUUACUACCCCAGGAUCCAGGUGUUAUUGCUGGAGUGGUUAUUGGAUGCCUCUUGGCUAUCUUUGCUGUAGUCGCUGUAGGGGGGUUUAUUUUCUGGAGAAGGAGAAGGAAAGAUAAAAGAAAUACUGAAGUGUCUUUUUCUCCAAUUAAAUCAAAAAUGAUUAAAGUGGAGAACUUUGAGUCAUACUUUAAGAAGCAGCAAGCUGACUCCAACUGUGGUUUUGCUGAAGAAUAUGAGGAACUCAAGUCUGCUGGUGUUCAUCAGCCCAAAUUUGCUGCUGAACUUCCUGAGAACAGGGCGAAAAAUAGAUAUAACAACGUCUUGCCAUAUGAUAUUUCUCGUGUCAAACUUUCAAAUCAAAGCUCUGGAACUGGUGAUUAUAUUAAUGCAAACUAUAUGCCUGGCUAUAACUCGAAGAAGGCAUUUAUUGCUGCACAGGGUCCAUUACCCAAUACUAUAGAGGACUUCUGGCAAAUGGUUUGGCAAAAGAGUAUCUACUCUAUUGUUAUGUUGACAAAAUGUGUGGAACAAGCCCGGACAAAAUGUGAGCAGUACUGGCCAGACAAACAACCCAAGAGCUAUGGUGACAUCAUUGUGACAAUGGUCUCAGAAUUUGUCCUUCCGGAAUGGACAAUAAGGGACUUCACUGUAGAAAAGUCCAACACCCCUGAGAGCCACACGGUGCGCCAGUUCCACUUCACCUCCUGGCCAGAUCACGGAGUGCCAGAGACAACAGACCUUCUCAUCAACUUCAGGCACCUUGUUCAUGAGUACAACAGCCAGAAUCCAGUGGACUCUCCUACUCUGGUGCACUGCAGCGCUGGCGUUGGGAGGACGGGGACGUUCAUCGCCAUCGACCGGCUGAUCCAGCAGAUGGAGAUGGAGAACACCGUUGAUGUGUAUGGAGUGGUGUACGACCUCCGCAUGCACCGACCUCUCAUGGUGCAGACUGAGGACCAGUACGUCUUCCUAAACCAGUGUGUCAUGGAUAUCAUUAAAUCCCAGAGAGAGAGGAAAACUGACCUUAUCUACCAAAAUGUGACAGCAAUGGCAAUCUAUGAAAACUUCACACCUGGGCCAGCCUUCCGGAAGUCCAAUGGCUACCACGCAUAGUCCAGAAGGAACCCAGUGCCUCCAAGGAAGUGUUACCUGCCCAUAGCAAAGGGAGGUGUCCGACUUGUGUUUUCUGGGAUUGUGUGCAGUGUCUCAUGUCUGGCUUCUCCAGUUCUGUCUGCAUUCAAAGGUGUGAUCUACAGGAGGAAAAACACAAUGCUGGCAGGAGCUGCAGACUGGUGUUAAAAAAACCCAAAUAACAAAACCGAAGCAAAACUUUUUAAAGUUAACAGAGGAAUCUUGUUUUUUCUUGGGAAUUUAACAGUACUGAUAGAUGAAAUAGCAUUCCCAGUAUGAACAGAGAACUAGAAUUUAAAUAUUAAAAUAAUAAUACAAGCUUUUUAUUACCAUUUUACAUGAUUUAAUUUACAGACACCAGGCUGAUGGGCUGUUUUGAUAUAUUUAAUUAUAAGUUUCAGGAAAAUAUUUUAUCUACUGUAUCUGGUUACUUAGUUAAUAGAUAUGUGCCUCUGUGAUCUUUUUUUCCUGUGUUCCUUUUUAUUUAAAAAAGGAGUACAAAUGGCUCCUUCAGAUGGACAUUUAUAUUUGGAAAUCGUGCCUUUUCUAGUUGCUACUCUAGGAAAACAAAAAAACAGCAGAGAUUUUAUUUUUGUACUGAAACUCUUAAUGAGAACACAGAUUUUUAAAUAAGGUUUAUGUCAAACUUAACUGUAGUUGCACUGUUGGCAGGACUCUCCAGAAGUUUGGAGGAGAACUUUUUUCUUGCAUUUCACCACAAAUAUCCCCUGCCUUAAUGUUUCGAUGCCUCUGCCAGAGGAAAAGGAGUGUGGUCUGUCACUCCGAGCUUUAACUGUAGUUAAAAACAGAGCAAGUGAAUCUGUGAAUGUGUGUGCAGGGGGGUGUGUGGGGGUGUGGAUGAAGGACAGAAUAGCUCCUCCCUGUUCCUGGCUGAUAAUCCUGUUUUGAUACAAUUUAUAAUGAAUUAUUUAAAGGUGCAAUAUAUGAUUUAUUGAAUAAUGCUCACUCUAAUAGAGUUUUUCUCAGGUUGAUGUCUUUUUAUUGUAGUUGUUUUUCCUCAAAUAUAUAAAUCUGUGAAAAUGCUGAAGCUAAGAUUCCAAGUGUUCAAGCACUCCCAAACGGAUUGACUGGCUUUACUGUUUUUACCAAAAGACAUUGCACAAAAUUCUGCUGUAAAGACAAAUUUCUCAGUUGUUUUAGCCAUUCAAAACUGAGAUACAUCUUACCUGCCUGCAUCUCACUGAUCUAGUGUAAUGAUUUUGUAAUUAUUUGCAAUAUACUGCUGCUUUUGUUUUGACUGGUCCUUUUAGAAACUGAAGGAACAAGCAGAAAUCCCCCGUUUGCUGAUUUCACAGGUCAAGGAUCAGAUUGGAUUUAUUUUGCUGGUACAUAAUUGUUAGACUUAGGAAGCCAUUACCAAUGAAGGACGUAGGUAGCUUGGGGUGAGAGGAGGGUGCGUUUUUUUGGUCUUUAGAUCGCUGCACUGGUUGCAUUGCAGUUGAAUGAGUUUUUUUAAUAAUGCUAUAGAAUAGCUAUAAAGCUGGGAAAAAAAUCUUAUGAAGGUUUAACCAGAGUCCCUUGAAUUCUGCUGCUUUUUUCUUGUCGUUGUUUUGGGUUUUUUUCUUUGUUUUAGUAGAGUUGUCAGAAAAAGCUGCAAAUGCUAGGAAUAUAUGUGGUUUUACAGUGGAACCUGACAACCUCACAGGAUCCAAUGCUAGCUGAAGGAGAACAUAGGAAUUCCUGGUGCACAACUGUAACUUUACAAAUAUCCUGAGAAAUUUUUUACAACCUGGUGUGAAACUGUGGUGUGCUGUGUGAGAAAAACUGGAGGACAAACCACAGUGCUUUAGGUUUUGGAAUUUGGUUUUGUUGUUUGUUUUUGUUUUGCUGUUUUUUGGUAUUUUGUAGCAGCCACUUGUGGGUUCCUGAAUAUAAUUUUGUUUUUCUUUUCCUAAAAAUACUUUAAAAAACCCUUAUCAUGAGGUUCAUGAUCCUGCCCAUCUCCAUCCAAACAGCCCACAAAGUGGAUCUCUCAUUUGCAUUCUUCCUAAGCUGCUGUCAGUUGACAAAGAUAAACCACUUGCACCAAACAGAACCAUUCCAAAGGAACUGGGAGGGAGGAAAGUCUGCCCUUUACAAUCAUGCUAUUUUCUUUAAGUCUCUUACUCUUUUAAUUACUGCACAUCUGUGCAGGGCACAGAGCCAGUAUUCGUUAUUCUAGGUCUCAUAAGAACUUGCUGCCUUAGGGUGGUUCUUUUGCUUCAGAAGGCCCUUGUUUUGUAUAGCAUAGAGGAGAGGGAGAUGAGUCUUCCAUGCUAGGUGAUGUUGUUUGUAUUCCGUUGCAGCAGAACAUCAGAAAAUGAGCUAGGACGGUAGGUGUUUCUGUCUAAUCACUGCCCAGAUCCUCUUACAGAAAACAAAGGAUCUAUUCCAUUAUUUUGAUGUUGGAAGCAGGCAUCAAAUUCUCACAUGUGCCAUCAUCUAAUGAGUAUCGAUUUUUUGAAGAACUGUAUGCAGGCUUUUUUUCCAAAAUGGAUGCUUUGUGAGAAGAGACUGAAUGUUGAAGUAAAUGACCUCUUGAUUCUGUGUAUGGGUGGAAAACACUGGUAAGGCCUGAACUGUUGUAAACAUAAAGUUGGGCAUAGCGUCAGUGUGAGUAGGACAUUCCUUACAGGAUGUCUCUGCAGGAAAAGAACUACAGGUAAUGCUCCACUACAUUGUGGAUCUGUCUUGGUCAAGACGAAUUGAAUUCCUGCAAAUGUUUUCUCCCUGCCCUCUGAUGUUCUCUGUGUUAUAAUUGCUGAGAUCUGUCUCUUUGGUAAGUGUUUUCUGUCACUGUUGCUUAUUUAAAGCUGUCCACUGAAAGCUCCACUGUGUGACAAUUGCAUCUGUUGCAUUUCUAUUUUACUUUUUCUUCCCAUUUAAGGGGCCUGCUUAAGAAGGGAAAAGUUUAUGUGUUUCAAAUAAGUGACUGUUGAAUAUCUUGAAAUGAUGUACAAAUUUUAUUGUUUUCAUAUUUGUUGUACAGGAAAUUUCAGUACAUGUCUGUAAUAUUUUUAAUGGUUUGUUCUUAAAAAUAUAAAAAUAGCAAUUAAAAAGCAUCAUCCU